CCACCAAAAUGGUUCACAACCGGAGUCAAUUUUUGCUGCUGGCUGUAGCCAUUGCUACUUUUGUAGGUCACUCCCAAGGUGCCAAUAUUCUGGGUCUCUUUCCGAGCCUGAGUCCCUCGCACUUGAUCAUCCAAAUGUCAGCGGCUAAGGCUCUGGCGGAGAAGGGUCACAAUGUGACUGUGGUCACGAGUCUAAAGCCAGUGGUGACCCACAAGAACAUAAACGUGAUCCAGGUGCCCAUGACGAAGGAGGAGGCACAGCAGAUGAGUGACACCGUCGGAGCGAUGGCCAAGGACGAUAAUAGCAACAUAGCUGUAUCCUUGCUCCGUAUGUCGGGUCAGAUGGAUUUCAUGUUCAAGAAGAAUGCCGAAACCCUGAAGGACGAUCGAGUGCGGGAUCUGUACCUGAAUAAGGACAACAAGUUCGAUGUGGUGCUUUCUGGAUACUUCAUGAACGAUUUCCAGCUUGGAUUCGCCAGGAAGGUGAAUGCUCCUGUCAUCGUCUUGGCCACAAUGCCGCCAAUGCAAAUGUUGAACCCCCUGAUCGGAAACCCCCUGGAGAUUUCCUACGUGGGAGUCAACUCCGCCGAAAAGGGCAAGGGCGUGCCCUUCAUGCAGAGGUUGACCACCUACGCUACAAGCCUCGGCUUUGGGCUCUUUGCUUAUAUUAACACCAAGCUCAAUAAGAAUUUGUACAAGGAAGUUUUUGGUGAUGAUCCCAACAUGCCCGAGUACUCGGAAAUGCUCAAAAACACAUCGUUGAUAUUCUUUGCCUCCCAUGCGGCCAGCGAAGGACCCAUCCGCCCCAAUGUUCCGGCUGCUAUAGAGAUCGGAGGCAUUCAAAUCAAGGACACGCCGGAUCCCCUUCCCCAAAAUAUGGCAGACUUCCUGGGCAACGCCACAGAUGGAGCCAUUCUCCUGUCCCUGGGUUCCAAUGUUAAGGGAAGCCACCUCAAACCAGACACUGUGGUCAAGAUGUUCAACGUGCUGUCGAAACUGAAGCAAAGGGUCAUCUGGAAGUGGGAGGAUCUGGAGAAGACUCCCGGCAAGUCGGACAACAUUCUCUAUUCGAAGUGGCUGCCGCAGGACGACAUCCUGGCACACCCAAAAGUUAAGCUAUUCAUCAAUCACGCCGGAAAAGGUGGCAUAACUGAGGCACAGUAUCACGGAAAGCCCAUGCUUUCACUGCCCGUAUUUGCGGACCAGCCGCAAAACGCAGAGGGCAUGAUUAAAAAGGGUUUUGGCCGUACUCUCAGCCUCCUCACCCUGGAAGAGCAGCCUUUCCGCGAGGCAAUUCUGGAUGUAUUGUCCAAUCCUCAGUACACCCAGAAGGUGGCCUCGUUCUCCUCUUUGUACCGCGAUCGCCCAAUGACCGCUAGGGAAUCAGUGGUCUACUGGACGGAGUAUGUCAUUCGGCACCAUGGAGCAGCGCAUCUUCAGAGUCCUUUGGUGCACAUGAACUGGAUAGCCGCCAACAACAUAGAUAUAUAUUUCCUGUUCGCAGUCAUACUGGUUAUAAGUAUACUGCUAUUUAAGACGGUGGUUAAAUUUAUCCUACGAAAGUUCUUCUCAAAGUCAAAGAAGCCAAAGAAGGAGAAAAAGCACUGAAAGUGUUCGAUAACGUUAACGCAGGCAACUAACUAGUGCAAGUACUCUGUCUCCAAGA